GACUUGGACUUGGAUCCUCUACCUAACUUACCUACCUACCUACCAUCCGCCGUCCCGCAAAACCACUUCUUUUUUUCACCUUCUCCCCCCCGUGCAGUCACAGUCACCUUCUACUUGAUUGAGCUCGCCAGCUUUUACCUUUGAUAAUUCUCCCCUUUUCCUUCACCGUCACUCCUACAGAUUCCCGACUUUAGUCGUCAAACACCGCCAAAAUGGGUCACGAAGAUGCUGUCUACCUGGCCAAGCUUGCUGAGCAGGCUGAGCGCUACGAGGAGAUGGUCGAGAACAUGAAGAUUGUCGCCUCCGAGGACCGCGAUCUCACUGUUGAGGAGCGAAACCUUCUGUCCGUCGCCUACAAGAACGUCAUUGGCGCUCGCCGUGCUUCUUGGCGCAUAGUCACCUCCAUCGAGCAGAAGGAGGAGUCUAAGGGCAACUCUUCUCAGGUCACCCUUAUCAAGGAGUACCGACAGAAGAUCGAGGCCGAGCUUGCCAAGAUCUGCGACGACAUCCUCGAGGUCCUUGACCAGCACCUCAUUCCCUCUGCCAAGUCCGGCGAGUCCAAGGUCUUCUACCACAAGAUGAAGGGUGACUACCACCGCUACCUCGCCGAGUUCGCCAUCGGUGACCGCCGCAAGGACUCUGCCGACAAGUCUCUCGAGGCCUACAAGGCUGCUACUGAGGUCGCUCAGACUGAGCUUCCCCCUACCCACCCCAUCCGCCUUGGUCUCGCCCUGAACUUCUCCGUCUUCUACUACGAGAUCCUCAACGCCCCCGACCAGGCUUGCCACCUUGCCAAGCAGGCAUUCGACGAUGCCAUUGCUGAGCUUGAUACCCUGAGCGAGGAGAGCUACAAGGACUCCACGCUUAUUAUGCAGCUCCUCCGCGACAACCUUACCCUCUGGACCUCUUCUGAGGCCGAGACCUCUGCUGCUGGUCAGGCUGAGGCUCCCAAGGAGGAGGCUGCCGCACCUGCCGCUGACGCCCCCGCCCCCGCCGCCCAGGCUGAGGAGCCCAAGGCCGAGUAGAGUGACAAAGUAUGAUUGGUCUAUGCAGGUGUCAGGUGGGCUGGUGUCUACGGAGUGGACGGAAGACCUCGUUUUUGAUCAAGAGCUUCGGCAUCGUUUCGGUACACAGACAAGCACCAUGGAGGGGCUGACUUUUUCCACCAACGGGCUGGCAGGGGUCUUGAGGAGAGCACUUGGACGUUCUGCUUUUAGACUUUUAAUGCGUUGACCGUCUGGACAAUAAAAAUACUAAAAUUACUUUCAAUACACGAUGAUACAUGAUUG